AUGGGAGACUUUUGGGUAUUAAUCCGUGGUCCAGCUUUAGUUGGUAUUACAUCAAUUACACCACCAACUAGUACUACAACAGGUAUUCCAAUUUCUACAACCGAGACCAGCAAUAUGAUUACCUUUAGCAGUACUCUGAAGUCAUCAACAUCAAUCAAAGCAAAUUCAAUAACACUAUUAAGCGAAUUUUUUCUUCAUAAUCUUUCUGUGAUCGAAAUUCCAUUAACAUCAUCUCGUGAAAUGUCAAAAACUUGUUCAAAUGAAGUAGUUAACGUUAUUGAAAACUCAAUAUAUUUGUUUUUUUUUACAUCAUUUGCUCAAUUUAUUAAUUAUGAUUUAUCAAGUGCUGCAAAUGGUAAAGAUGAUGAAGAUGCUAGAGAACAAAUUAAUCAAACAAAUCCUUAUUUGGAUGCAUCGAUGAUUUGUGGAAAUAAUAAAAAUAAAGUUGAUGAACUUCAAACAUUUAAGAAUCAGCAAAUGAAAAUGACGGAUUGUAGAAUUAAAAUUCUUCAACGUAUUAUUUAUAGUGAUUUUCUCUCAUUAAUGAUUAGAUCAUCUGCUUCUAAUUUUGGGAUUUAUCAACAUGAUUCAUUGGGAAAAAAGAUUCUUUGUUUCUCGUUUGAAAAACUUUUCAGAUCUUUUAUUUUAAUUUUUAAGACUGAUGCAACAAUAUUAAAUGAAUUUACAAUAGAUACUUAUAAUUUUAGUUAUGCAUUGAUCAAUGAUUUUGUACAUCGUUCUAACAAUCAACAUAAAAUGAUUAAAGAGCUUCCAUUAUCUCAUGUUAUAUUUCGUUCAAUAGAAACAUUUAAUCAACAAAUCGGUGGUAUAGAUACAUUAAUGUUUAGAUAUUUACCUGCACUAUCGGGUAAAUUUGAUUCAAUGUUAAAUGAUGUUUUACGUAAUCAUCUUUUUGAAGCGAAAAAAUCAAAUCAUGCAUGUAGAUUAAAGAAAGAAAAAUAUAUUGAAUUAUAUGAAAAAUACAAACGAGAAUAUGAUCAUUUAUCAACACUUGAAAGAGUACUUGGUCGAACGUAUGAUGAUUUAGAUCAUGAACAACAAGGACGGCUAACAGUUUCACAUACCGCGAUCCAAAUGAUACAACAAUAUUAUGGUAAAUAA